GAUUCGAACGAAUCGGACGUCCCUACAGAGGAGAGGGGCUCCACAGGGAGAAAUACAGUCGGCGUAUUAAUGGAAAGUGAACAGGUUGGCGUGUCCGCCCUAUAAGUUGAGGACUGUCCGAGUGAAUUCGCUUUUAAUCAAUGGCGUUUCAAGUCCAACGUGUAUGAUUGACGCAUCCGUACAGAUGCUGGCCGCUUUGGUCGCGCCGGGGGAAGUAGAGGUUUUGACAUCGUUAGAUUUGUUGUUAUUAUAAUCAGCUGACCGGUGCUGAAAUCGCUCCGUUUGCUGUUUUCUAGAAAGCGGUGACAGCGAUGAGCGCUUGUCAGGACAAAACGUCUUUGAGUUGUUCGGAAAGCAGGGAAAAUGUCAGCGGCAGUGACUGGGGAAGGAUGGAUGAUGCGUGUACGUCCUGCUUUAACGAACCCACGGGCGAUGCGAUUCACGGCGGGAUGAAUGCGGUGCAGUCGGGCAUAGACGGACAUCUGCCGCUGCCGCUGCCCCGAGGCCAACGCGAACUGAUGCUAGGCCUGGUGGAAGAGGGUUUCGCCGGCUAUCAUGGCCGUCUCGGUUCUGAUCCGGACUCAGAUUAUCUCGACAUACCCGGCGACCCGAACUACAGCGAAAGCGACGGGAACGUCGCCACAAAAAAACGCAACCGCUCCAACAGCUCCCGGCACCGCGGGGAAGUUGUAACGGAACUCGGACCCGAAGAGGUUCGCUGGUUCUACAAAGAGGACAAGAGGACCUGGAAACCGUUUGUUGGACACGAUUCUUUGAAAAUCGAGUUGGCUUAUCGCAAAUUCUGCGAACUUAACCCAAACGAGGUCAAACGGAGGGAUGCCAGUGAAGAAGCAGAGGAUUUAUUCGAGUCACCAUCAGAAUGUGAAGCACCGGCGGUCCGGAUACAGUCGGCGGCGGUGGCAGCGCAGCCGGUACCCGAGAGUGCGGAUGCUGGAGGCUCAACAGACGAGACGGAGCUGGAUACAGACAGCAUCAACGUGGAGGCAGUGUGCGUCCGUGGAGGACUCUACGAGGUGGACAUCAAAGGGAAAGACUGUUAUCCUGUAUACUGGAACCGACAACAAUUCGGACUGCUUGUCUUUACAGAACAGGACCACAUCCCGGUCAUGAGAGGCCAGUGGUUCACGGACGGUACCUGGUUGCCUCUGGAGGAAGAGGACAGUGACCUAAUUGAACUGGAGCACCUGGCCUGUUUCCGAGGCCAGCAGAUGAAAGACACCUUUGACACGGAAGCGGUGGCCACCACAGUGGACAGCAAAGAUGCCAUUCACAGUCUGAAACUCAGCCGGAGCCACGUGGACUGGCACAGCGUGGAUGAAGUGUACCUUUACAGCGAUGCCACCACCUCUAAGAUCGCACGAACUGUCACUCAGAAACUGGGAUUCUCAAAAGCCUCCAGCAGUGGGACACGUCUCCACCGAGGUUACGUGGAGGAGGCGGCUCCAGAGGACACGCCCCCUGAAACAACGCACAUAGUCUUUGUGGUACAUGGGAUUGGCCAAAAGAUGGAUCAGGGGCGGAUCAUUAGAAAUACAAGCAUGAUGCGUGAUGCUGCCCGCAAGAUGGAGGAGAAGCACUUUUCUGACCGAACAAAUGAACAUGUUGAGUUCCUUCCUGUGGAAUGGCGAUCUAAACUUGCCCUUGAUGGAGACACCGUGGACUCCAUUACUCCAGACAAAGUGCGAGGUCUGAGAGACAUGCUGAACAGCAGUGCAAUGGACAUUAUGUACUACACAAGCCCUUUAUACAGGGAUGAGAUCACCCGGGGUCUGACCAAUGAGUUGAACCGACUCUACAUGCUCUUCUGUGAGCGCAACCCAGAAUUUGCAGAGAAAGGAAAGGUGUCCAUCGUCUCCCACUCGCUCGGCUGUGUCAUCACCUUCGACAUCAUGACAGGGUGGGACCCUGUGCGCUUUGUUCAUAAAGAGGUGGUAGAUGCCAUGGAGGCUGAUGUCAGCAGACAAGAGCGACAGCUACUGGAGGAUCUUCGUAUCACAUGCUUAAGAAUGAGGGAUUUGGAAGAUAAGCUUCAGCAUGUCCAAACCUCAUCCUCAAGACCCUCUCCAGCCCUCAAAUUCAAGGUGGAGAACUUCUUCUGCAUGGGAUCUCCUCUGGCUGUGUUCUUGGCUUUGCGAGGUGUCCGUCCAGGAAACGACGCAACGCAGGACCACAUCCUACCCAAAUCCAUCUGCCAGCGGCUUUUCAACAUCUUCCAUCCCACUGAUCCUGUAGCAUACAGAUUGGAGCCUCUCAUCCUGAAGCAUUACAGUAAUAUAUCACCUGUCCAGAUUCACUGGUACAACACCACCAGCCCCACACCAUAUGACCAGAUCCGUCCCACUCUACUGAAUCCAUCAAAGGAAAGUGCUUCUGUGUCUGAUACGGAGAGCCUCCCGAGCCCUUGCACCUCCCCUCCACAGCCCCGCAGACACUACGGCGAGUCUAUCACCAACCUGGGCAAGGCCAGCAUCAUGGGAGCGGCAAGUAUAGGUAAAGGCAUUGGCGGUAUCCUGUUCUCCAGAUUUUCCCGCUCUAGUGGACAGGUGUGCGGUGUGGAGGAGGAGCCAUCAGACUCUGAAGGUGGGGCAUGUGAGAAAGGGGAAGAGGGCAGAUCUGUGGAGUUAGACGAUAAACCAGAGGAGAAGAUAGAGGAGAAAAUCGAGGAGAAGGCAGGAGACACCAGCAUGUCACAAUCAGCCUCUGUCAUUAUGGAUAACUCCUCCUUGGAGCUGGAGAAACGCAUCGACUUUGAGCUGAGGGAGGGCCUGGUGGAGAGCCGCUAUUGGUCAGCGGUGACGUCACACACGGCAUAUUGGUGCUCGCACGAUGUGGCUCUGUUCCUGCUAACGUUCAUGUACAGGCCAAAUGAAUCAAAUGACAUGGCAGAGGACAACCCUGAAUCAUAACACACAGACAUAUGAACUCUCACACUCUUGGUCACUCCCUUAAUGUAGUUUAGCAGACCUUGUUCACUGUGCAUCAGGGAUCCUGUCCUUGCCUUGUUUUUCCUUAAUUUAGAAGCACACCCAUGGGAGAGACUUACUCUCUCCCCUACAUCCCCCAACUAGGAUUGUUCUUAACCUCAAUGAAAUGAUGACAAUGAUCCUACUUGUUUCAGCUAGGACCAUUCACACCUUGAUGAUUCCGAAAGCAGCGAACUCUUCAUAUUGACUGAUGUGUAUUAACUUAACUUGUGGUUGUGAUAGUAUGACUGAAAAGAAUCUGCUGAAUUGGAGGUUCACAAUCAGAAGGGUUUUUUUGAGGAAUACAUCUGAUAUGAUCUCUUUCUUGGCCUAAAAAUAUAGUUUUGAAGAUUUUUAUAAAUUAAGCAUUACUCUUAUGUGUUUACAUUAUUUAGAUGAUAAAAUAACAAUCUGAAUUACUCCUGAAAGUGGCCAAAUAUUGAGUUGAUAGUCGACGGGAGCAGUGCACACAGACCUGGUGGAUUUAUUCAGAGAGAAUAACCAUCAGUAAACACGCAAGUUCACAACAAAAUUACAAUUCUGUCAUUAUAAAUUCACCCUCAUGUUGUUUCAAAUCCUUGUGACUACAAAAGGAGGUAUUUUGAAGGAUUGUACUAGUCACUUUUUUCUGUUUUUGUUUAAAUUUUUGUUAGUUUUAGUAAUUUUGUUGUUUGUUUUUUGUCAUUUUUAUACUUUUU